AUGGGUUCCAUUCCAGCCUCUACACCUAAGGGCAUACGAUUCGCUAUAGACCGUGGUGGCACUUUCACGGAUGUGUGGGCAGCGAUCGAUGGCCAACCAGACAUCGUCCUCAAGCUGCUGUCAGUCGAUCCAGACAACUAUGCCGAUGCCCCCUCUGAAGGAAUUAGAAGAGUGUUGGAAAAGGUAGGCAGGGUCCAGAUCCCGCGCACACAACCGAUUCCUAAGGAAAACAUCGAGUCUAUUCGCAUGGGAACAACUGUAGCCACAAAUGAAACACUAGCCCUUCUCGAGCGAAAGGGCACAAAGCAUGCAUUUGUGGUCACAGAGGGCUUCCGUGAUUUGAUUGAAAUUGGUCACCAGUCGCGACCCAAGCUAUUUGUAUUGGACCACCGGAAGCCAAAGACCUUAUAUGACGAGGUUGUCGAGAUCAACGAACGUGUCACGGUUGAGGGCUUCGAAGAGGGCCCUGAUGAGCUAGAGGUGCCGGAUAAAGAGACGAACCCCAUCCUAGUGGAGGGCUCGACUGGGGACAUAAUGCGGAUCAUAAAGCCCCUAGAUCACGAAGAAGUUAGAUCAAAGCUUUCUUCUAUCAAGGAGAAAGGGAUUGAAGCCUUGGCUAUUUGCUUCGCCCAUUCUUAUCUCUACCCUCGCCACGAAGAGGAGGUUGCUAAGAUUGCGGUAGACCUUGGCUUUACGCAUGUUUCCACAUCGUCAAAUGUGGCCUCCAAGAUGAUCAAGAUGAUCCCUCGAGGCAGCUCAGCCUCUGCCGACGCUUAUCUCACGCCCGAGAUCAGGAAAUACGUGGACACCUUUGCUAGUGGCUUCGACGGUGGCAACCUGGAUGGCGUGAGGUGCGAGUUCAUGCAGAGCGAUGGCGGCCUUGUCAAUUACAAGUUCUUCUCUGGGCUGAAGGCCAUUCUGAGCGGUCCCGCAGGUGGCGUCGUUGGAUAUGCCCGAACUUCCUAUGAUGGAAAGACCCCCAUUGUUGGCUUUGACAUGGGCGGUACGUCGACUGAUGUUUCUCGCUACGGUGGUGAGCUCGAACACGUCUUCGAAACCACAACGGCAGGCGUCGCCAUACAGAGCCCCCAGUUGGACAUCAACACGGUCGCAGCAGGCGGAGGCAGUAUAUUGUUCUGGGAAAACGGGCUCUUCAAAGUCGGCCCAGAGAGUGCAGGUGCCCAUCCCGGACCUGCAUGCUACCGGAAGGGAGGGCCUCUGACCGUCACGGAUGCAAAUCUCAUGCUUGGUCGAUUGCUACCGGACUAUUUCCCUUCUAUAUUCGGUCCCUCCGAAGACAUGCCGCUAGACAUAGCCAUCACACGACAAAAGUUCUCCCAACUGACAGAAAAGAUCAACAUGGACACCGGACGGUCCAUGACCCCAGAAGAGGUGGCCAAUGGCUUCAUCGAUGUCGCCAACGAGUCUAUGGGCCGCCCUAUCCGAGCUAUCACGGAGGCUCGUGGCCACAACACAGCGGCCCACAAUCUGGGUGUCUUUGGCGGAGCUGGCGGACAGCAUGCCUGUGAGCUCGCGAAGAAGCUUGACAUCAAGCGUGCCAUCAUUCACAAAUACUCUAGCAUUUUGUCUGCCUACGGAAUGGCCCUUGCGGAGAUCAUCGCAGAAAUGCAGGAGCCGAGUAGCGACGCGCUAUCGGAGGAGUCCAUGCCACGGAUCCAUACCAGAGUUGAAAAGCUCAAGACUGAUGUUCGGAAAAGCCUCUUGACACAAGGGGUUGAAGACAAGGCAAUUCGAUUUGAUGUCUAUCUGCAUCUCAGAUACGAAGGAACAGAAACGCAGUUGAUGAUUCCUCAGCCAACAGAUGGAAGUUCCGCUACCGAUUACAGAGUUUCUUUUGAGAAAGAGCAUCUUAGGGAAUUGGCGUUCUUGUUUCCCGCUACGAGAAGGGUCCUGAUUGAUGAUAUCCGGGUCAGAGGAGUCGGAUCCAGCACUGAAGUCAGCAAAGAUAACGAACGCCUCUCUACCGAGCUACAAGAGACGACAUUCAAAGCCGUCCUGAAAACUUCGGCGGCCCACACUUCCCAAGUUUUCUUUGCCCCAGUGGGCUUUCUGACGACUCCAGUCUUUAUGCUUGAGAGUCUCACCAAAGGAGAUGUGGUGAAGGGCCCUGCUGUCAUCAUCGACCAAACACAGACCAUUGUUGUUGUCCCGUCUUCCAAAGCCUCUAUUCUGACGUCGCAUUUGGUUAUCGACCUCGAAGAUGAAGAGGGUGUUGCCAACACGGAUGCAACCGAGCUCGUAGCCGACCCUGUACUUCUAUCGGUUUAUGGCCAUCGUUUCAUGAGCAUUGCGGAGCAAAUGGGUCGCACAUUGCAAAGGACCAGCCUUUCUCUCAAUAUCAAGGAGAGACUAGACUUUUCGUGCGCAAUCUUCGGUCCUGAUGCUGAACUCGUCGCCAAUGCUCCUCAUGUCCCCGUGCACUUGGGCAGCAUGAGCUACGCUGUCAAGCAUCAGGAUACACUUCACAAAGGAAAGCUGAGACCGGGAGAUGUUCUGGUCUCCAACCAUCCGGAAUCUGGAGGCACACAUCUGCCCGAUAUCACCGUCAUCACUCCGGUCUUUGAGCCUGACGGAAAGACCAUAUGCUUCUACACUGCUUCGCGAGGCCACCAUAUGGACAUUGGUGGCUUGAAUGGAACGUCGAUGCCUCCCGACUCCACCACUCUGUACCACGAAGGUGCCGCCAUCCGUUCAUUCUUCCUGGUGCGAAACGGGGAGUUUGAUCAGAAGGGGAUAUGCGACAUUCUUCUUGAACCCGGAACCCACGAAAAAUGCACAGGAUCGAGAAGAUUGGAGGACAAUAUCUCUGACCUGAAGGCGCAAAUUGCAGCAAACAACAAAGGGUCCGUUCUUAUUCAGGCUCUCAUGAAGGAAAAUGGCAAAGAAGAAGUCCACUUUUACAUGAGGAAGAUCAAAGAGAACGCCGAGAGGGCUGUGAGAAACUACCUCAAAGAGACGCGUAAGAAGUAUGGAAAUAAAGCGCUUACGGCAGAGGACUACAUGGAUAAUGGAUCGAUAAUGAGGGUUUCCAUCACGAUUGAUGAAGACGGCACUGGAAUAUUCGACUUCACCGGCACGACGUGCGAGAUGUUGUCAAACAUGAAUGCCCCACCGGCCAUUACUUACUCGGCGCUUCUCUACGUCUUGAGGGUUCUCAUCGGCACGGACAUACCCCUCAACCAAGGCUGUUUGAAACCGACCAAGGUCAUCAUCCCGAAGAACACUUUUCUGAACCCUUCCUCGGAACGCGCAGUCUGCUGUGGGAACACGUUGACCUCGCAGCGAGUCACAGACCUUUUGCUAAAGGCUUUCCGUGCCGCCGCUGCCUCGCAGGGAUGCAUGAACUGCAUGGGAUUCUUUGGGCGUGGUGGCGUCGACGAGAAUGGAAAACCGCUCCCCGGUUUCGCCUACAACUACGGCGAAACCAUUGCUGGAGGUGCUGGUGCUGGACCAACCUGGCAUGGUGCUAGCGGUCUGCAUACGCACAUGACCAACACUCGAACGACAGAUGCUGAAGUCUUGGAGAAGCGGUACCCCGUCCUUGUCCGGGAGUUCUCAAUCCGAAAAGGCAGCGGAGGCAGAGGCAAGUUCAACGGAGGUUGUGGCGUGGUUCGUGACUUUGAAUGCCGCGCUCCUCUUACCUUUAGCAUGAUCUCGGAGAGGAGAGUGACUCGGCCGUAUGGCAUGGAAGGCGGCGAGCCUGGUUCUCAGGGCGCCAACUACUGGGCCCAAAAGCAGCCCGAUGGGUCGUACAAUUGGCUCAACUACGGACCUAGGGGCCAGUUGGACAUGGCUUACGGUGAUCGGUUCGUGGUGCAUACCCCUGGUGGUGGUGGCUGGGGAAAGCCGGAGGAUACCGACGAUUCUCAGGAGAAUGAUGAGAGUAUCGAGUUCCUUCCCAGGGCGAAUGGAAGUGUCAAUACCUUUCUGACAGCUCAGCUGGAGGCGUAA